AUGGCCCACUAUUCCAUCCUCAAGCACCUCCUCCAAGACGGCGACGGCGCCCUUCGCAUUUUACACGACCUCGCUGCCUCCACCUUUACCGUUCAAGUCGAUCGCACCAAGAUUCGAUCUCACGGCAAACCCGCCCUGGGCCGCUACCUCUGUCGCCUGCACAUCUGGCGCUGCACGGCUGACCUUUCCUCUUGCAAACAGUUUUAUGAAGCCCUCUACGAGGUUGAGGGCGUGUAUGAGCAAUGGAGACAGAUCGUGUGCUCGACGCCAAUACCGAGAUGGAAGUUCGUACAGCUCAAUACAUUUUUCGACGGAGAAGCUGUGGAGUUAAAGAUUUACGAGGAGAGUAACGAGGGGAUUAUUCAGUCAUGGGCCGAGAGGGACGUUUAA